CGGGUGGCUGAGGGAGAAGCGGCGGCGGCGGCGGGAGCGGGCGGAGCUCAGCGCCAGCCCCGGCCCCGGCCCCGGCCCCGCGCCGGCCUCACACCGGCCCCACAUCGGCCCCGCAAUCACCCGCUUGUCCAUCGGAGCCACCGGAGACCUGGCGACCGUGUGCUUCGAUUCUCUGAAGAUGGCUGCACAGUCAGCACCGAAGGUCGUGCUAAAGAGCACCACCAAGAUGUCUCUGAACGAGCGCUUCACUAACAUGCUGAAGAACAAACAGCCGAUGCCGGUGAAUAUCCGGGCCACCAUGCAGCAGCAGCAGCUGGCCAGCGCUCGAAACAGACGGCUGGCCCAGCAGAUGGAGAACAGACCGUCUGUGCAGGCUGCUCUGAAGCUCAAACAGAAGAGCUUGAAGCAGCGCCUCGGCAAGAGCAACAUCCAGGCGCGGCUGGGCCGGCCGGCGGGGACGCUGGCCCGAGGAGCCCUGGGCCAACGGGGGCUGGCCCUGGGCCAGCGGGGGCUGCCCCGGGGGGCCCUGCGGGGCCGCGGCGCCCGCGCCAUCAUCCGAGGAGGGGUGGCACUCCGAGGUCAAGGCCUGCUGCGUGGUGGGAGAGGGAUUGCCCCCAGGAUGGGCCUGCGCAGAGGUGGCAUCAGGGGCCGCGGGGGCCCGGGCAGAGGCGGCCUGGGCCGGGGCGCCAUGGGCCGGGGAGGCAUCGGCGGCAGAGGGCGCGGCAUGGCCGGGCGCGGCCGGGGCAGCUUCGGCGGGCGCGGCAGAGGCCGGGGCCGCGGCAGAGGCUCGGCACGGCCCGCGCUCACCAAGGAGCAGCUGGACAACCAGCUGGACGCCUACAUGUCCAAGACCAAGGGACACCUGGACGCCGAGCUGGACGCGUACAUGGCACAGACGGAUCCCGAGGCCGCCGACUGAGGGGCCGGGACUGCCGGGGAGGGCUCGAUCCCCCAGGGGAAACUCAGACUUAGUGUGUUCUUGGAUGUUUUGAUACUCUCUGUUGUAUUAAACUUUUUUUGGAUUGUU